CCCAAGGGCCCCCAGAGCCUCGCCUCGCCUAGCGGCAAUCAUUGGGUCUGCCUGACGAUGGGUCAUUCGCUCGUCACUCACCCGCCCAGCACCGGGCAGCCGCCUCACGGCGCAUGACCAGCCCUCCCCCAUCCAUCUACACUCGACCUCGCUGCUCGUCACUGACCGGCCGAGUCUCUGUCUUACGUCGCAUCCUCCACCUUAUCAUCUUCGUCCUAGCCAGCGCAGCUCUCCCCGGCCUCAUUUAUCCUCUUACAACAAUACCCCCAUCAUAUCGUCAUCGCCGUGGGCACCCCCGCCUGUCCGACCGUCUGUUUGCCUGGUACACGCGCACGACCCGACUCUUAUCUGCUGCCUGAAGCGUGCAUCCGCGUCCGCCAUCAUCGUCUGCAGCACGAGCCCAGCCGCUGGCUCUUCCUUUCUGCCACCGUGGCGACCCCCGUGUCCGUCAUUCCGCCAGUCAUCGGGGUAGCCGCGCCGCGCACGACGCGAGGCGGCGGUUGGUGACGAAGGGGCCAUCAUGUUUUCGGAAUGUGUGUACCGUCCGCCUAUCUCUGCGUUGACUGAUGAUCGUGGGGGUCGGCCCCCCUCUUUCUGACUCUUGACCGCCUGCUCCAGAUGCUUCACGGUUCCUAGCCCAGUCGCAGUCUCGCCUGUCCAACUUUGCCGGCCAAACCGACAACGACCAACCGCCUCGGACGAGCGACUGGACUGCCUCACGACCAGGCCGCCCGACCCGCGACGCCGGCCGGGGAAACGCCCCCAGCCGGUCCUUCCUGUCGCGGGCCUACGGCGGAAACCCGUAUCAGCAGACCGGCGCCGGCUCACGAUUCGGAAAUCUUGCGUUUGCUUCCCGCAUUUCGGCUGCGCAGGACGCGCCCUUGUUCCAUAGCACGCUUGACGAGUUCCGCGAGGAGGAUGACGAGGAGGAGCGCGAGAGGGAGGCAGCCGAUCUCUUUGCGCUUCAGCGGUCACGGCGCGUAGCCGCCGCGAGCAAGCUCGCCGAAAGCACCGAAUCGGCAAACAGCCGCGGUUCCGUCGAAGACAGCACGGGAGACGUGGAUCAUCCCUAUAGGCAGCACGGACGCGGCAUCAAGAGCAGUUGGAACGGCACACGGAGCUCACACCAGCCCCGACCCAACCACGACACAUUAUUAGAAGAGGCUGAAGAGGUGCCUAUCUCGGGCGGCGAGCAUCACAGUCCCGACAGCAAGGGUAAGAUGGUGGAUGUCGGGCUGGAGUCGCAGGAUGACCCCGAUGAGGACCCUCCCGAGUCCCUCCUCGGCGGCGAGGCCCCUACCGACUCGAGCCCCCCGCCGUUCCAGCAGUUUAAGUCACACACGGAGCGCACGCCCUUCAUGCUCAACCGGAGCGAAACCAACGAGUCGGAAGUGAGCAGUGUACGGAGACAAGACCCAGCCGAGUUUGAGCAGACCCAGCCGGGGAAUCUACUAAUCGAAGGAGAGCUCUUUCGCCAUGACCCCUUCUUUGCCUGGAUAUUUCUCAUCAGCUUCGCCGGCAUGAUGUCGACGUUCGUCCUGGUAUGGCUGCACACGUCACCGCAAAAGAGCCCCGUCGGAGACACGAUAUACUCGACGCUGCAAAAGUCAUUUCACAUGCUGGCCGUUGACACGGUGGUUGCGGUGCUCGUGUCUUUUGUCUGGCUGGCGGCGCUCCGGUCUUUCGUGCGGCCGCUGGUCAGUGUCAUCCUGAUCGCAGUGCCCAUCAUUAUGCUGUCCUUUUCGCUAUACUCGUUCAUCUCAUCAUUCAAGGGACGGACACAUGGAUCGAGCGCACAAGAUAGGGUGAUGCGGUGGCUGUCACUCAUACCUGCGGCUUCGUGCAUCCUGUGGCUCUGGCUCGUCGUCAAGGGUCGUAGGGCCAUUCAGCAGGCGAUCGAAAUCUUGCAGUUUUCGUCCAAGAUACUGGCACAGAACCCGGGACUUCUCCUCAUCGGAUUUGGCACCCUCGCCCUGAUCGUCGUGUGGACGUGGGCAUGGCUCGCCAUGUUCACGCGGGUUUUCAUGGGUGGUUACUUUUCUAAGUCGCUGGUACGCUUCGUGAUCCAGGUAUCGAGCUGGUGGCUGGGCGCCGCGUUCAUCUUCAUGUAUCUGUGGACGCUGUCGGUGAUCAACGCCGUGCACCGGGCGACAACAGCGGCGACAGUGUCACAGUGGUACUUUCAUCGCAACGCGGCACCGGCGACUCCUUCCAAGGAAAUUGUGCUGGCCGCGGCCGCGCACGCGACAACAACGAUAUUUGGGAGCAUUUGCGAGUCUACGCUGCUGUCGCUGCUGAUCCGAGCGCCGCUUCUCUUCCUGCCUAGGAGAAUCGGAGGCGCCAUCACCAACAUUGCGGCGUUUUGGAUACCGACACCGAUCAUCGCGCUCACGAACCCGCUGACGGUCACGUACGGGGCGAUCCACUCGCAGAGCCUGGCGACGUCUGCGAGGGGGCUGGACCAGAUGGAGAUUGUGUCGCCAGCCAUCCCGACGACGACGCUCACGCCGCGGACGCUGCGAGUACGCGGCCAGCCGAACGGGCUCCUCCCGUACCGGCUGGCGAAGCUACUCUUGGUGGCGACGCGGCUCAUCAUGGCGACGGGGCUGGGGUUCGCGGGAUGGGUCAUCACGGCGAAGCAGCUCCGGAUUCAGCUGCCAGAGGGGACGGGCGUGCGCGGGUCGGCGUACGCAUACGUGGUGGGCAUCAUGGCGAGCUUUAUCGGCUACUCGGUCAUGGGGGCGAUGGAGGGCAUCCUGAGCGGCAUCGUGGACGCGGUGCUGAUAUGCUACGGCAGCGAGCGGCGCAUGGAUAGGGGCCACGGGCGGUACUGCCUCGAGGCAGCGUACCUGUUUGGCGAGCGGCGGAUCGGGGAGGAGGGAUAUGCUUGAAGCGACGGACGGCACGAGCGCACACAGGGCCAUGGUACAAACCACGGGGUGUGUGUUUGUCUUUCUUUCCUUCCCUCGUCGUCCGGUCGAUGUGCGUGUGAGCGUGGGUGUGUUUGGUGCGGCGCGUAGCCGUUCAAGGUGUCAUGGAUAGAUUGGUAGAGCGCUAUUUCGUAUGAACAGAGAGCGCCUCGAUUUGCUCAGCAGAUGCGUGCGGUCGGGUCGGAGCAUCGUGACGUCUGCAGGACCGGGGUGCUCGGUGUGGUCGAGGACGAGGAAUUUGAUUGGGAGGCCUUGGAACGACGUAGAGUAUUCCAGAUCUCUUGCUUUCGUG